GGCAUGGGGUGCUGCUCAGCAAAAUGCCCCCGAGGGCAGCCUGCCCAGUUCUGUGUUCAGUGUCCGAGAGCCCAUCUGUGGGCCUCAGCGCCAGGAGUCCGUCCCCCGCCCACUCCUGUGCUUAAAUGCUGUCUUCUCCAUCCCAACGCGGAGCUUUGUCCCUCCUAGAGCAUCGCUGGUGAAGUGCAGGCGCUGCCAGCCAACUCUGACCUUGUCGCUUUACGUUUACGCCGUCAUGGCCAUAUUACAAGGAGCACGCACUCGUGGGCAUGGGAGCACUGGCGCUGACCGCUGGCAGAGGGGCCAAGGGCAUCGUCAGCAGCGGCCUGAUCCCCUCGCUGGUGCGCAAGCUGCACCGGGAGGAGGAGAACAUCCAGGAGAUCCUGCUGGACACGCUGGCGGCCUGCCUGCAGGAGGACGCCACCGAGGCGCUCAACAGCCGCGUGGUGCCCUUCCUCAAGGAGAAGCUGCUCAGCCCCAACGACAACAUCCGCUGCAAGGCCGCCCGCACGCUCAUCGCCGUCAGCAUCCCUCUGGAGGGCAAGAAGCAGAUGUGGCGGCAUGACGUCAUCCCCAUCCUGGUGCACCUGCUGAGGGACCCGGUGGAGGAGGUGAAGGCCAACGCCGCGGGCGCCCUCAUGUAUGCCACGGUGACCACGGAAGGGAAGUACGCGGCCCUGGAUGCGGACGCCAUCCACUCGCUGCUGGGUCUGCUGGUCUCGUCCUUGCAGAAGGCCCGCCUGAACGCCAUCAAGGCCCUCACCAUGCUGGCGGAGGCCCCCGAGGGCCGCAAGGUCCUGAAGGCCCACGUGCACGCCUUCCGAGUCCUGGAAGUGGGGGACCCCAGCAAGACUGUGCAGCGGGCAGCCCAGGUGGCCAUCAAGGUCAUUGAGUGGAAGCCCUGAGCCUCUCCUACGGCCAGACCCGAAUAAACGGGCCCAAUAGCUUUCUCUCGGGUCUGCGUCACUUGAUGUU